AUGUCCGUCGUUAAAAAACGUAAAAUUGAUUCUGAAAAUUGUAUUUUUAAAAGUUCAUGGGCAGAAAGUUAUUUUGUUGUGCAGCAAGCCGAUGUUAUUUUGCGCCUCAUUUGUCAAGAAACAAUUGCCGUUCACAAGGAAUAUAACAUCAAGCGACAUUACUGCUCUAAACAUAGCAGUAAAUUUGAUAGUGUGGUGGGCCAAACACGAACUGAUCGCAUCAACUCAAUGAAACAGGAAAUUGUUGCUCAACAGUCAUUGUUUAAAAUUGGCAACCAGAGUGCCGAAGCAGCAACAAAAGUUAGCUAUUUAAUUGCAGAAGCUAUAGCCAAGAGAGGAAAACCAUUUUCUGAUGGAGAACUGGUGAAAAACUGCUUAGAGAUAUUUACAGAUGUUGUUUGCCCAACAAAAAAGUCUUUGGUGGAAAACGUGAGUCUUUCUCAUCUUUCUCAGUGA